GUGUUGACACGCGUCGGAUUUAUCGCCAUGAAAACUAUUUCCAUUUGUUUACUGUUAAUUAUUGGUACAAAUUGUUACAAAGCUAAUACAGAUAAAAAAGACAAUUUCCUACUACUAAGGAAGUUACAAGGCUUCAUCGACGAUCGUGAAAAUCAAACCGUUUCGUGGAGUGAGCUUCUUGCUAAUAUAGUUGUUAAUAAAAUAACAGUUAUAUUUCACAAAUCAGCAAACAAUGAAACAGAUAAUUUUGCAGUGACGCAUAAUCGAUUUACAAAUUUAAUAAGCAAUGUGUUUAAAUUCUUUAAAUCAAACGUGUACGACAAAAUAAAAGGAUACAGUGAUCAUAACAAUGUUGUUAACGACAUAGAUACCGCCUCGCAAGGGGAUAAACGAAUUAUAAAAUCUAGUGAUGACCCAAAUAACGAUGUAGAGGUAUUUGAACCUAAAUACCAUGGAAAAUUGUGUGAAAAUUGCAAUGAAACUACAGAAAUUGAAGUGACAAACGACUGUCCAGAAGGCUAUAGUAAAGAUGAAAAUGGUGACUGCGUUAAAAUGCAGAUAUCCAAAUUUAUAGUAUCUGUACCAAAUCAAUGUCCAAUUGGAUAUAGACCAGACUGGCGCGGUUAUUGUCGAAAAGUCAUGGACUUUUAAGUAAAGGUAAAUAAAAACUAUGGAUUGCUCAUAAAUUCUCAACAGAUUUCAUAAAAUAUAAAGAUUUUACUGAUUUCACUUCGAAUAUUUUAGACGUAGAAAGGUAGAUAAAGACGAUAAGAAGGAAAAUGUAAAUAAAUGCAAAAUGCAUAGUAUAAAGUGAUUUCCUUUGUCUCGAACUAUUUAGUUGUAUUGAAUGUAAAAUGGAAUAUUAAAGGCAUUUAUUGAUUC